UAAAAAAAAGAUAAAUUUCUUAUGAUUACCUCACCUUUAUUCAAAUGGAUUUAAAAACUAUACCGGAUAACUCUAAAGUUAGACAAAUUGAGGAUAUUAUAGACAUUCAAAAAGCUAACGGAAACAUUAAUGUUCGGCAAGUGGCUUUUAAUUUAUUUCCUAAAACGGAUAGUACUAUUUCGGCAAAUUUGGCAAAGAGCUUAGAUUCUGGAUUAUCUAAACUCAAAGCUAAUAUACUUAAGAAAAAUAAGAAGGUAAGCCACAAGAGAAAUCUAAGUCCUACACUAGAUGUUGCAUCUUGGCCGAGUGAUUCAGACGUCACAGUACUUAGAAUGAAACUAUAUUUGACGGGCGCUGCAAAGAAAGAUGAGGGGAAUAUUAUUCCUGGAGACGGUCUUCAUCAGCCAGAUAGCUCGUCUAUGAUAAAUUUAGCAACACUUAUGAUGCAAUCUCAAUCGCCGUCAAAACAGAAUUUAAGCAUCGAAUAUCUGCUACCUAUUAAUUCAUGGGAACAAACUAUAAAAUCAGAAUCAAAUGAGUUCAUAAAGAAAAAAAGAGAACAUUGCCCUCCUGAAAACUUCCAAGUUUUGAAUUUACCUGCUAAUCUUCACUAUCCACAAAAUGAUUUUUGUUUAAGUGAUAAUAAUUUAAUGUAUGCAAGUAAUAUUAAGUCUAAAUUGGCAAGAUUUUUACGUUUAUACUUUUGUCCUUGUUGUACAUGUUUAUACAAUUUAGAAAAUAUGCAAAACGAACCAUCGUCGUAUUUCACAAAAAAGGUAACGUUCAUGGAUGCCAAAAGUUUAUAAGUGGUUUUUUUGUAUUAUUUAAAUAACAAACCAACGUUAAUGUUUCUAAUUAAAAUAAAAAAAUAGUU